AUGGCACCGAAACCAGUCCCAUUCCCAGGCUUCACGCCCUUAUCGAACCGAGUCUAUCUUCGUAAUGGACACGAAAAGACAAAACCCGCACCAGCAGAUGAGCCAACAACUAUAGUCAUCUUUGGCUGGGGAGAUGGAAUGCCCAAACACGUUUCCAAGUACAGCGACGGUUUCGCAGAACUGUACCCCUGCGCCAGGCUCCUCGUCGUUUUAUCGGGUACCUUCCAAGCCUCGAAUCAGCGUCUAGAUGAUCGAGUCAAAGCUAUGAUGCCUCUUGUGGAUACCAUUUUCCCAAAUCCUACAGGAAGCGAUCCUGCCGUUCCAGAACGCGUCUUGUUACACGCUAUGUCGAAUACUGGAGGAAUCUUCUUAGCUGCUUCUUUUGUCGCUUACCAGAAACGUCAUGGUACUGAUAAGACCUUUCCUCAUGAACUCCUUGUCUGUGAUUCUACCCCUGGUAGUCUGGACUUCGCAUCGCAGGUUGGUCGUUGGUCACAUGCUAUGGCAGUGGGAACUGGGAAACAUUUCCCUUGGCCUGUUUUCGUGACUCAGGCUUUGUGGUAUGCUUUUCUCUGGGGCAAUUGGGCUUGGGAACGUUUGCAUGGUGCUGAACCCUCGGGUGUUUGGGCUGUGCGUAUUUGUUUGGAUCAUUCCAUUUGCUCCACUGAUCCUACCCGACUUUAUCUUUAUUCUAAAGAGGAUGAGAUUAUUUGGUGGGAGGAUUUGGAGACCAAUGUUGCCAAUGUUAAGGCUUCUGGAUAUCCUGUGGAAUUGGAGAUGUUUGAGGGUUCGCCGCAUGUUGGUCAUAUGAGGAUGCAUUCGGAGCAAUAUUGGAAUAGAAUUUCUAGUUGUUGGAAGGCAGCUAUCGAGAAAUAG